GCCGUCACUGGGUGAGUCUAAAUGGUUUAACUUAAUGCCUAAAACUAAUAAUGCUAGUAGAUUAUAUGGUACUAUUAAAAUACAUAAGCCAGGAUACCCAAUAAGGCCAAUAGUAGAUUUUAGAAAUACCCCAACUUAUGAAUUAUCAAAACACUUAGCUUCAAUACUAUGCCCUAUCAGAAAUAAUUCAAACUCUAGAUUAACUAAUUCAUAUGAGAUGAAAAGUAAACUAAAUGACAUUCAACUAGCGAAUGACGAAACAAUGGUCAGUUUUGAUAUAACCAGUCUUUAUACUAAUAUACCAGUCAAUAUGGCCUUAGAAGCAGUUAAAAAAGAACUAACUGCGGAUACUGAACUCAAUCAUAGGACAAAGCUGUCCAUUGAAGAAAUUAUUUUAGGGAUUCAGCUAUGCCUCACAUCUACUAUCUUCAAG